AUGGUUGGUGGUCAUACUUUGCAGCAGAGAUCUGGAUUCACCAGAAAUCCUAAUCCAUUUAUCAAAACUUUGAUAACAAUGUUGGGUCGGCAAGCGAGAACAGGUGGGACUAACAGGAGACAAACUGGUCCGUUACGUGCGUCUUUUCGUGGGUCGAAUGAAGUGGAGAGUGUUUUCCUACCAAAGCCGAUAGAUGAAGUCAUCGAGGAGGCCGUGUCGAGGUCUGCCGUUGCACGGAUUGCUGAUCAACGACAAUUAAAGAGCCAAUCAAGUGUUGUGAUUGAAGGGGAUAUUCUUCUUGAUCAGUCAGAAUUGAAUGAUUUAAACAAACAAAUACGUCUUGAUCUAUUGGAAGAGAUAAUAUUGAAGAAACUCCCUAGAGAACGUGAAAACGACAUAGCCUUCCGAGAUCUCCUACGUUCAAGGUUAGAACGACGGGCAUAUCCAGUAAGACGGAAGCGAGCUGCAAGGCGAAGCCGGAGAAAACGAUGGCCAGACGGUGUAGUUGGAAUUCGAAUAGCUAGCUCUGGAUUUACACGAUCACAGAAAAAUAGAAUAGCUGAUUCCAUGGACGAGAUAUCGGAGAAAACCUGCAUCUGUUUCAACAUCAUUAGCAGAACACAGGCACUCGACCGCGUUCCUCAUGUACGAAUUGUAGAUGGCAAUGGAUGUCGAUCCCGUGUGGGCAGAUCUCUACGUAAUCAGGGUGGCACUCGUUCUCAAGAUCUGACCUUGGCAUCUCGAUGUAGAGUUACACGCGUCGCUACCCACGAGCUUCUCCAUGCACUAGGUCUGCAUCAUGAGCAAUCUAGACCAGACAGAAAUAAAUUUGUAGAUGUCAUCCGAAGAAAUGUGGAGCGUGGCAAACGUGGGAAUUUCAAGCGAUACAGCAGAACAAUCAUCGACUCCAGAAACAUUCCAUAUGACUAUUACAGCAUCAUGCAUUACGGCAACAAAGCAUUUAGCCGGAAUGGUGACUUCACCGUAAUACCAAGACCAGAAGAAAAUAGACGCAUUUUCCUUAAUAGGAUAGGACGAUCCAAUAGGAUGAGUAGUAGAGAUGCACAAGUGAUAAACCGGAUGUAUAAUUGCCCAACUGUUGCCAGUCAGCCAACAUGUUCAGAAUAUCCAUACAGAUUUCCAUAA